AUGGAAGAGCGCCGUCGUGGGGAUGGGGAAGGGGAAGGAGCGGAGCUGAGCAAGAAGGAGAUCCCCAUCGGCGGCGGCGGUGGUGGCGGCGGCGUUGGCGGUCUCCCGGACUGGUUAUUCGCCUCGGAUGGGAGAGUGUGGCUUCUGUGUCUAAUCUUCCGAGUGGUGAAUGCACUGCUAGUGCAAACUUACUUCAACCCCGACGAGCACUGGCAAGCCUUAGAGGUCGCCCACCGCGUCGCUUUUGGGUAAUGUGAUCAUUCCUCGCAUCGCCUGCUCCGACAUCAGCUUCUUAGCCGUAGUGCUUCCGCAUCCUCUCAUUCUCCUGCCUCCCUCGGAUAUUUUUAGUUCUUCUUCCAUUUAUGUCCCGCUAUACUGUGUAAUUUUGAGGUCAAGUCAUAGAAAUUGAGGGUACCUCCUCUGAUUGUUCUUACGAAUUUUUGGUAGCAUCAUGCUUCUGAUAUUUUUCAUCUUCUGUUGAUUCCUAUUUCCGUUACUCUUUGGGUAGUGUGUGCUAGGCGCGAGUUUGGAUCCUGGUAGUGACAGUAGACGAUAGUUUCAUGUCUAUUGCUGGUCUCAUGCUUCUUAUAUUUUCUUCAGUUGAUUUUGGUUUUUGUAUUGUUCGUGGACAUGGGUUGUGGAAAUGGCAGGUACGGGCACUUGACGUGGGAGUGGAAAGAGGGUAUCCGGAGUUAUCUUCACCCGAUGGUGUUCGUGCUACUCUAUAAAGUUUUGUCCUUCCUCCAUCUGGAUGUGCCCUGGUUUAUGGUAAGAAUGUUGAGCAGAGCUGAUUCGUGACAUUUCCAUUCUUUUGUCCUGGUUCUGAGUUUCCACCAACAUUCUGAUUAGGUGGCAAGUCCUGGAUUUUGGAUUUAGUAACUGGAGGAAGAGUUGCAUUACUCUUUAUCCAUAUUAUCAAUCACUUUUCUCCAACUAAUCAUCAUGGCCCUCACCACAUUGUUACAGCGUAGAUAUUAUCCUUUGAUUUUUAUGGCCAUUCUAAGUUAGCUUUUAUAUACUUCUUUUUUCCAUUCUUCCAUUUUUUUUCUUCAUAAAGAACUUGUUGAUCAUAUGUUGAAGGUAAUAGCUGACUAGAAAAGUCAACAGUCCAAUCUCUGAUAUUAAAGUAAAUCAAGCACACAAUGCCAUAAAUUUUUUUAUAGUGGUUUGGUCUAACUUCUUUAGUCUCCGAGCUUCUCCUUGGUGUUUUCACUAGAUCAACUCCUAAACUUCUACAUGUUGGCUUCCCAAGGUGCCAAUGAAAAUCCUCUCACAAGAAUAAGCAUCUCAAUAGCUAGCUUGUAAAAUGUGAUGAAAUGGAAAACAUAUUGACUGAAACCUUCAAUGAGAAUAUGUAUACUUAAAGAGUCUUGAGGGAUUUCUUCAGGAUUGAAAAAAAAACUUUCAAUAUUUGUGAGCAGUUGAGAUGGAGAGCUUCUUAAAUUUAAUCUUGUAGAUUUGUGGAAGCAUUAAUCAUCGCGCAUUUGAGGUGAUUUUUAUAUUUUUAAAGUAUCCAUUGCAAACAUUAUCUCCUUUAGAGGCUAGAAAAUGACGGGCCUCUUCAUCUAUUUGGGGUUUUUAUGGAGGGUGAUAUAGCUGUCGAGUCUUUGCAGGUGUUAACACCUAGACUAUAGUGGUCAAUUCGUGUGGUUUUUACUCUUGUUUUACUUGCAAGUGUGGGGACUGACGCUUCAAGUGUCGACAGUUAAAUUUUAGUUCACAUUUCUCCAUACAUAGUAUCUUAUUUUCUUCAUGCUUUUCCCUGUACUUUUGUCGGAUCAAAUCUUGUCACGUUACCUUCAUUUUUGGGCCAUUUUUGGUUUGAAAAACCUGAUUUUUUUAGCAUAAAUAUCAUGAAAAUAUAUAUAAAAAAUAAUUAGAAAAACGAGUAUGGCAAUCAUCAAAAUCAGAUUAUCAAAUUCAACAUAUCUUAUGUCAAGGACUUUGAUCUUGGCUCGCAACUCAUGUCCAACGGCUGCUUGAACUGAUACUUGCUCCCUCUGAAAGAAUAGAUUUGGUGUUUUCAUUUCCAAAGUGGAAAAUUUAUGUAUCAUCUGAAGUAAUUUGUAGUAUGAUAUAAUAUCAUAAAAUCUUCCUGUAGUAUGAUGUAAUACCAUAAAAUCUGCUAGCUACUUCUAUUUCUAUUUAUCAGUAUUUAUAACCAUCUCCUCAUCACGUGGUAGAAAAGUACUGUACUAGGGUUGGACUGAAACCCUGAGUUUCAGUGUUACAUUCCCUGGAGAGUCAGUAAAAUCUUGGUUAGCAACAUCCAUGUCUCUUUAUGAAGAUCAUAUGUAUCUAUAUCACGGUUGUAGUGCUUUCAUGCUCUAUCCGUGGGAUUCCUUGUGGAAAUCACUUUGAAUCUGCUCCGUACUUGAAAGACAGCUGUUUUGUUUAGAUGGCCACCUCAGAUAGUUGGCCAUAAUAACGUUGUCAUGGUACACGAGUUAAGUUUAGCAUUAGGAUGCUACAGAAAUGAAUGGAUUAGUGAUUUCAUAUUUGGGUGAGCCUUGUGACAUCACUUACCAAUUCAAUGCUCCAGCUACAUAUCUUGUGCACACAAGUAUGCUCAAAUAUAAAUCUCCACCUGUUAGUACAAUUUUUUUAUGCCGUGAUUAUGAUAACUGCAAUAUUCUCGUUUGAGCAUUAAACAUGAUGUGCACUUUUUUUUAUGUUUUCAGAUUAAAGCUCCAAGAUUGCUGCAGUCUGUUUUUGCUUCUUUCGGCGAUCUCUUUACAUACAAACUUUCUUAUGUCCUGUUCAAUAAACAUGUGGCACAAUGGGCAGUAUCCUUUCGAUUCUUUUUUGACUCACUCUGCUUAGCCAUUCUAUUUUUUAGCGAAUUUGAUUCCCCUUAAUUCUCCUCUCAGCUUUUUUCACAGUUGACCUGCUGGUUCAUGUUUUUCUGUAUUACAAGAACAUUAUCAAACAGUCUCGAGACAGUUCUGACGAGUAUCAGCUUAUUUUAUUGGUUAUGUAAUGAAUCCUCUUCCAAAAAGGCACAGACUGGAUCGAGGAAGUUUGCUCUGUUGAUUGCAGCAUUGGCUUGUAUUGUUCGGCCUACCAGUGCUAUCACAUGGUUGUAUCUCGGGAUUUGGGAAUUUGUAAAGGCUGAUGACCGAUAUAAGUUUCUUUUCCUUGAGGUAUUCCCCAUUGGGUAGGUAUAUCAUUUAUCAGUACUGUUGAUUCCUCUGAAUCUUUGGGCCGUCAUAAAAACCGAUUUAGUUUCUGUGGUGUAUUUUUGAGUUCCAUCUGCUACCAAAGUCAUGCUAUCUUUUGAUAUUCACUACUAGUUCUACCUGUCAAAGAUGUGCUAGAAAGUGGUUAUAGAAGCCAUGGAAGAGUGAAUCUAGGCUUUAUCUAGUGGCAGUAGGGAGAGAAGGUAGUGUACGAGGGUACAGUGGAUUAUGUUGUUUAUCAUGGUCUCUGAGCUAAAAAUCUGUACUGGAAGAUGACAAAUAUUUCCAGAGUAAUAUGAACCUUUUCUGGGGUCUACCUUGACUCCCUAGAAAGCCGCAAGGGGUAACUGCCCUCCAUGUGGUUCCCUGGUUGUCUGUCGCAUGGCAACUCGCUUCAACCCCUACCAAGCUAGCCUCUCCCUCGAGUGACCAUUAUCCACAUAUCCUUCCCCAUGUUGACUGGGUAGUCUGGGCCUGGAGUGGGCCGGUCUUUGAAAAAAUGUUGGGGCCCAAUCCUCAGCCCUAUUUUCACAGAACACAGCCCACGCCCCCAUUGGCACUUUUGAUAGUAAAUGUAAAAAAUGUCAACCCCCUCUUCUGAAUUCAAUAGAAUUAAAGAAAAGAAAAUCUCAACUUUGCGUGAGGACAUUUUAGUUAUUUAUCCGAAUUGAAUAAACUGGACCACGCAUUGUAACUAUGCAUUGUAGACAGUUUAAUUAUUACUCUUUGUUGACACACGAAGUCAAUACAGUUCAAAAUGAAAACUUACAUGGUUCAGGUUAAUAGGGGAUUUAGUCUACUCAUGAGUCCUGAUUUUGUCAUAAGUUCCUCGAAAUCCCACGUUUUGUUGUCAUGCGUGGCAUCAUCUCCUAUGAUGAAGUGAAGUGAUACCGUCAAGAUCUCUCCCAACAUAACACGGCCACCCUAAAUCUUGUAUAACGCCCUCUGUUCUCUCACAGAGCAAUCUUUACUUCGGUGCUCUGUGAUCUAUGGACGCCAGAAUCAUACUGGUGGAGAAGAACAUUUCUUUUUCCUGAUGCUUAAAUAUUGCAUCUGUACAACCCUGCAUUUUUCUGUUUACUUCUUGUGACUGUCUAAUUUAGACCAACUCCCGUGCUAGGCAGAAGAUGGCCUCUUGGUCUGGAAGCCUUUGUGAAAUCGUAAUGUUCUACUUCAUCAUAAUGAAGUGCCAAAUCUUAUGUAGAUGCUGUUUUGGUGUAUGUUAAACUACUAAUAUUCGUUAUGUUGGUUAAAUGUCAUCCCCAAGUGGUUUUGUGCCUCAUAUAUGUGAUUUGGCAUGUUGGUUUUUUUUGUUUUUUAUCAGGAUCUUGGUUCUUGUGCUCUCAUGUAUGUUAGAUUGGUUGAUGUACGGUUCGUUGGUCUUUGUGCCCCUUAAUUUUCUCAAAUUCAACCUUCUUUCUUCGGGAGGAGAUUACUAUGGAACACACAAGUGGCACUGGUAUUUCACCCAGGGAUUCCCAGCUAUGCUUUUAACGUUUCUACCUUUUUCUUUAAUUGGGAUUAUCCAUUCCAAGAAAUGGAGGCCUUCUGGUCUGGUUGCAUGGGUUUUAGGGGUUCAUAGCAUUCUUGGACAUAAAGAAUUCAGGUAUGUAUUUAUUUCAUGGAGACAUUUCUUUCAUUUAGAUGAGAAUUUUCAUUUUGUGGCAACAAUAGCACUCAAUGCAUAGAUCACAAUGUUAUUUUACUGCUCACUUAUUGGAAGACUGGAAUUUCAGGUUUGUCCUGCCAGUGCUUCCCCUCGCUUUGAUGUUCUCUGGAUACUUUCUUGCUGCUGUUCCUGGUUGUGCACCUCGUGACCAUAAUAGAAAAAUAUCAUCAUUCUUCAUUAGAUUCCCCUCAAGAAAGUACUUUAUGCUCUUCCUUAUUGCAACAAAUGUUCCAAUGGCUCUUUAUAUGAGCUUAGUCCAUCAGGUGAAAGUUUCAUCUUGCGUUUGACGACUUGAGACCUCUGAAUGAUUCACUACUAGAUGUCUUGUAUUUUCUUACCUCACACGUUAUCUGAUUCACAAAUAUGUUAGCUAGAGAGGGAGUGAAGACGUGAUGAACUUUCUAGCAUAUGAGGCCCGUGAUGGGAAAGUGAAGAGCAUUCUAUUUUUAACACCUUGCCAUGCUACGCCAUACUACUCAACCUUGCACGAAAAAGUGCCUAUGCAGUUCUUAGAUUGUUCCCCUACGUAAGGCUUAUUAAUGCUCUUUCUUUAUUAUUAUAUUUUUCAUCUAUUUGAGAACAUUAACCAUGCUUACCUUUAUAUGCGGUUCAUCAACUUGUUACCAGCCUUGAGAAGGGAGCCCUGGAUGAAUCAGAUCAGUUCAUGAGGAAUCCAACUGCCUUCAUGUCAGAUAUGGUUGGAAACUGGUCUUUACCGAGUCAUAUAGUGCUAUUUGAUUCUGAAGAGAGCCAAUUAAGGGAUUUUCUUUUUUCUCAUUCAUUUUCCGAGGUAAACUUCAAAUUCAAGAGAGCCUAUCAUAUUUAUUAUUCUCACUCUCUUUGUAGAUUUCGUGAUGUCAAAUGAAAAUGUGGAAUUUCGACCCCAAUUGACCUGAAAGGAUAGAGAGAGGUUAUAAUUUUUUUUUUCUACAAUAUCGUUUUGGAAACUGAAAAAAAAUAAUGAAACGAAGAAAAUAUUAUCUUGAAGAUAUAUUUGUUUGUGAAUCAAGGGGAGUUUCUGAAAUCACACACCAGUUUCAUAUCUGUUUGUGGCAUUCCCAAUGGCAGGUGAAAAGAUUUUUCCAUGCCCACUUCAAAGUUGAUCGGGAUCUUCAGGCAUCUAUUGCUGUAUAUGCUCUGACUGAGGAAGAACGCCAGGAUAUUUGA